AUGAGAGCAUCAACUUCUUCAAUUCCCAAUCCAUCGUCAUCGUUGCGUUACUUCUUCUUCUUCUUCCUUCUGUUUGUGCUCCUCGCCCUUCGAUCUUCUUCCGGUGACUGCUCCGAAUUUCACCACCACGCGCCCAUGGCCACUGUCGGAGGCGUGCGCGACUCCCAAGGGUCUCAGAACAGCCUCGAGACUGAAUCCCUCGCGCGAUUCGCCGUCGACGAACACAACAAGAAGCAGAAUUCGCUUCUGGAGUUUGCUAGGGUUGUGAGGGCACAGGAACAGGUUGUUGCUGGUACCCUGCAUCACCUUACCCUCGAGGCUAUUGAGGGUGGUGAGAGGAAGCUCUAUGAAGCCAAGGUGUGGGUAAAACCAUGGCUAAACUUCAAAGAACUCCAAGAGUUCAAGCCUGCUGGUGAUGCAUCACCAUUUACCUCUGCUGAUCUUGGUGUCAAAAAGGAUGGCCACAAAUCAGGAUGGCAAUCUGUUCCAACACAUGACCCUCAAGUUCAAGAUGCAGCAAAUCAUGCAAUCAGGACAAUCCAGCAAAGGUCUAAUUCACUAGUUCCCUAUGAGCUUCAUGAGGUUGCUGAUGCAAAGGCUGAGGUCGUUGAUGAUUUUGCCAAGUUUAAUCUGCUUCUCAAGGUGAAGCGUGGAGAGAAGGUAGAGAAGUUCAAAGUAGAGGUACACAAGAAUAACCAAGGGGGACUCCAUCUAAAUCAGAUGGAACAAGAUCAUUCCUAA